AUGCUACUCAUUAUUCUUGCAAUGUGUCCUAUUACUGUGACUGCUAGUCUGUUUCCACUGAACACAGCCUUCGAUAUUACCAUGGAAGUGUUACAUAAGUACAGAUCGGGGUGUAUCUACCUGUUUCACUCGACGCAAGAAUCAGGUCUUAAAGAAAGGUUUGAGUCAAUCAAGUGGAAAAGUUUCUUUGGAAAGAAGAACAUUUUACUAACGAGUAUACCCGUGGACAAAUUCGAAAGUGUCAACGGACACUGUCGGCCGCUCUACGUCAUCCCUUCCAGCAACUGGAAGUCGCAGUUUGCUUUGACAUCGGUCUCACACUUUCCAGAAGGAACGUGGCUCGUAUUCUUCAAUGACACGACGUCGCCAAAAGAGUUCUUGACUGACACUCACGUUCCGUUUGACUGUGAGUUCUUGGUAGCCCUGCGAUUGGUUGGGAAAACAGAAGAAAAGGUAUUGCUCACUGAGGUGUACCACGUCCAUCCAACUCUGCCAUUACGAGAGUAUCCUGUGGCAAAAUGGAGUUCAUCCAGUGGCAUUGUCUGGUUCAACACACCGACUACUCAGGGACGAAGAAAUCUUCAUGGUAUAACCAUAAAAGCUGCUUUCCGUAAACAGGUGCCCCAUCUAAAGUUUACGAGAACGGCGGACAGAGGACAGCAGCAGUCGACGCUAUCUGGGUACGUGUGGGAUCUGUGGAACGAGAUGGAGGAACGGAUGAAUUUCACAAUGAUCCUCCACGUGAGGCAAAGCGAAAAUGAAGCAGAAAUUCGUAAUUUCAUAUUAUCACCAUUUACCUCCCGACUUUGGCUGACGUUUCUGGUGACAAUGUUAUUUCACACUAUUGUUCUGCACGUUACGUGGGGUGUCGGCAUGAAACGUGUAACCCAGAGAGUUCGAAACCGAAUUGAAAGCAUAUCUCGAUCUGCUCUCUACGUCAUCGGCGGUUUCUGUAUCCAAGGCGACAGCGGCGCCAACUGGACCACUUCUUCGCGUCUGGCCUAUUUCACAACGCACGCCACCUCUCUGGUCCUGUUCAUCUCGUACUCAGCCACGUUCAUCUCGUUCCUCACCGUUCAGCAUCAUCACUUACCCUUCUCAGACUUUCAGGGCGCCCUUGAUGAUGGCACAUACCGAGUCGAUGUUCUGGCCGCCUCUGCAGAUAUCGACUAUUUUAGGAAAUCUGUAGAUCCCGUGUUCAAAAACGUGUAUAAGAAGCUGAUCGAACCUUACAAAGAUGAUCUCCCAAACAAUUACGUAGAAAUUCUGAAGAGGUUCUGUAGCAAAGACAAAUACGGGGCGGUCAUGUCGCUGUCAUCUCUCAGAGGACUCGAGACAUAUUUGCCGUGUAAUAUCGUGCCCAUUCCAAAGGCUUCAUUCUCGCACAUGGCGUCAAUGACCAUACGCAAGGGAAGUCCGUACAGGAGAUACUUCAGCCACAUCUUGCAAGAAAUGAGGCGAGCUGGAAUUCUGAAUGCACUGGAGAGAAAAUACUACCCAAGGACGGACGACGUCCCGCCCGAACAACCGUCCAGUGUGACCAUAAGCAGAGUACGGGUGUACUUCAUUUACCUUGGGGCGGGCGUCUUGAUAGCCGUCCUCCUGCUCAUAUUAGAGACUGGAGUACACAGGAAGACACGAAAUGUUUAG